GGCGGGGUCUUCCGUGAUUUUCGUUUUGAUGGCGCGGAGGUAGGAGCAAGUGAACGAAAUGGCCUACCUGUCUUUCUCUUUUUUUUCACGGGAGAUCCAUUCCUCCGGUACUUCAGGCGACUCUCCUACCACUCCAUUCCAUGAAUCACGGUUGAUUGAUCCUGGGGAAGCAUUGAAUCAAUUGAAAAUCGCAGACGCAGCGCCACCUCCUCCUCCCUUUCGAAGCAGGUAUUGAUGCUCGCAGCCAUGCCACAUUCCCUCUGCUGCGGAAAAUUAAAACAAAAAUAGAACUUGGAACAUCUCAGAUGGCUGAAACGGAGCCCCUCCUCCCCACCACCACUCCAAGAACAAAGCUUCUCCCAUCCACUCCUCCAUCCUCCAUCCUCUGGCCCCUCCCCGAAGACGGCGAGAUCUCCAUCCCCUUCUCCCCUGCCCCCGCCUCCCCCUCCCUCAAAGAACGCCUCAUCUUCGGCUCCUCCUCCGACCUCCAAUCUUCCAUCUCCCCCGAGGCCCUAUCCCUACUCAUCCCCACCCCAUCAUCUCCAAUCGCAUCCGCGGCCCGGACUCCCACCAUCCCAAGGUCUCCUCUAGCUGCGGCCGAAGGCCCCUCGUCGUCGUCAUGGUUGACGGACCCGUCGGCGGCGGCGAAGGGGCGGAGCAACCUCCACCGGUCGCGCACCGCUCCCGCCAUGUCGGCCAUCAACGCCCACGCCCAACAGCCGUCCUCGGCCUCCCCCCGCCGCCCCUCCAUCGUGCUGCAGGCCGUCGCCCUCCUCGCCAUCUACCUCUCCCUCGGCGUCCUCGUCUACACCCUCAACCGCUCCCACUUCUCCGCCGCCGACACCCACCCCGUCGUCGAUGCCCUCUACUUCUGCAUCGUCACCAUGUGCACCAUCGGCUACGGCGACAUCACCCCCGCCACCCCCUCUGCCAAGCUCUUCUCCAUCACCUUCGUCCUCGUAGGCUUCGGCUUCGUCGACAUCCUCCUCUCCAGCAUGGUCUCCUACGUCCUCGACCUCCAGGAGUCCCUCCUCCUCGGCGCCGUCGCCAACCCGAAGCACGACCGCCACGGCGCCGCUGGGGCCGGGCACCACCACCACCGGCGCGACGUCGCCCGCCGCUACAUCAUCGACGUCAAGAAGGGCCGCAUGCGCAUUCGCAUGAAGGUCUCCCUCGCCCUAGGAGUCGUCGUGCUCUGCAUCGGCGUCGGCACCGCCGUGCUCCGCUUCGUCGAGCGACUCGGCUGGCUUGACUCCUUCUACCUCUCCGUCAUGUCCGUCACCACCGUUGGCUACGGGGACCAUGCCUUCCAGACCAUGCCCGGCCGGCUCUUUGCGUCAGUGUGGCUCCUUGUGUCCACGCUCGCCGUCGCCCGUGCCUUCCUCUACCUGGCGGAGGCCAGGAUCGACAAGAGGCACCGCAUGAUCGCAAAGUGGGUGCUCUGCAGGGACAUGACCGUCUCCGAAUUCCUCGCCGCCGACAUCGACAACGAUGGUUCCGUCACCAAACCAGAGUUUGUCAUUUACAAACUGAAGGAGAUGGGGAAGGUAUCCGAGAAGGACACCAUGCAGAUCUGCGAUCAGUUUGAUAGGCUAGACACAGGAAAAUGCGGAAAGAUCACACUUUCUGAUCUCAUUGAAAGUCAUCACUAAUUCUCACACCUGUAGGUAAUGUUAAAUCCUGAAUGCAUCUUGGUCGAUGCAGUAAAGAGGUACACAAGCCACCACUGCAAAUGAAGCUAGUAGCUUAUCCAUGAUGUGAAACAAAACCUGAGCGCUGAUGUUGGGAUAGCCAUGUUGGUCCUACCUUGCUCCACUACUUGAGGGAGCAAACAGCUGUUCCAAACCAAGCUUCCGGAGAUGAGCACUCCAAACCUAGAUAUUACGUUAUGACUCCACCAUUUUUGUGUUCUAUUAUUGUUUAUAUUUUUUUUGAAAAAAAAAAAAUAUAAGUUGAUAUAUACCAUCCGGGCAUUUUUUGA